UGCCUGACAAUGUCAGGGAGGAAGAUCGCUUUCAUUGACACUGCAGAGUUCAAGUUCCUGGGGCGAAGGCUGCAUGCUGAUUGCUCUGAGCAGACCCAGCGGGAAGACAUCCGUCAACUCACUGUAUCUCUCAUGCAAAAAGUAGAUGGCUCUUGGCUUCAAGACCACCACAAGCUAUGGCUUUACCACCAUCUUGUAGUGCCCAAGCUUUCUUGGUCUUUCCAGGUUCUUGAACUCACACAAGGUUUUGUACGUGAACUGCACUUUAUGUGUUUACCAUUUCUGAAGAAAUGGUCAGGCCUACCUCGAUGCGCAAACUCUGCCAUUCUUUUUAUUGGCAGUCGCAAACGCUUUGGCUUACGCCUCCACUACCUUCCUACGGUGUGGAAAAGGUGCCAGUCCAUCAAAUGGCACAUUCUUCGAUCGAGUGGGGACGCGCGCAUGAGGGCGCUGUACACUCUGCGUCGGAGUAAGGAUGCGAAGCUGACAAAGCGAUAUGCGGCGACAAUAGAGCUGGAGUGUGCAGAGGCAUCAGUAGGUUCAGGGACUCUUCGUCCACCGUCAUCUUCAAGUCAUCGUGCAGGGUUGGGUGCUCGUGCUCCGAAGCAGCAUUCCAAACCCCCGAGGAAGGAUCUCCUUCAAACAUUUGAGGAGAUCAACGCGCAGGAGCAGAUUUUGAGGCUGAAGACUCUUCAGGUGCAAGGCAAGUGGUUGGAGUGGACAUCGGUGAUGUGGCAGGACCUCUCGUGGAAAUCCCUUUUGUACGGUGGUACUGGUAAGGAUUUGAAAUUUCUUCUCGCAUCAACCCUCGACGUGCUACCUUCUCCGACGAACCUACGCCGUUGGGGAAACACCGUAGUGGAUCCGUACUGUAGUUUGUGCCGUACCUGGGCCUGUACUACGCGCCACGUGCUUGGCGCUUGUCGCGUAGCGCUGGACCAGGGACGUUACACCUGGAGGCACGACAACGUACUCGGGGUCAUCGUCAGGAACAUGCGUGAGGAGAUUCGAAUCCGCACUGCUGCAAACACCGUACAGACCGAAAAUUCAAAUGAGCUUGACUUCAUCUCGUUUUGCAAGGCGGGAGAGAAGCCAGUUCGCGUUCAGCCCAGACGAAAGUUGGUUACGACUGAUCUCCUGUCAGCGGCCUCAGACUGGAAACUUCUUGUCGACUCAGUUAGUGCAAAGAUUUCUUUCCCUAGCUGUGUUGCACUUACCACCCUAAGACCAGAUAUAGUUCUGUACUCUACGAGUCGUAGGAUUGUAUUCUGGAUGGAGUUGACAGUUUGUGCUGAGGACAGAUUCAGUGUCAGUAACUCGCGGAAGGACAGGCGGUAUGCGGAUCUGGCCGAUCAAUGCCGAGCAAACGGGUGGCAGGUCGUUUCUUUUUCGGUUGAGUAAGACGUCUCUGCGAAGCAGCUACAUCAUCUGGUUGCGGCGUCAACAAAAACACUGGUCGGAAGAUCCACUUUUCUGAGGUACUGUAUGUGGGGCUCCGUUUAUUGAGGUGCGUUGAAAUUUAUUCUCUUUAUCUUAUUAUUUCUUUUCUAUAAUUUCCCCAUAUGAGUUCCUAUCAGUUGCUGUGAACACCUUGAGUGGAGAGCGCUUGCUCGAGCGUUGAACCGGGUUCUUAAUCCACCAUACCCAGUUCGCAAGGCUGGGCGGGGUUGUGAGCAGGCUUUCAUUUCAUCUUUUCUUAUUAUUUCUUAUUAUUUCUGCUUUUCAUCUCAUUACAAAAAUUCUGCGCUUUUUCUCCAUCUGCGCAUAAAAUCUAGACUGACAACCUGCUUGUUAAAUCAUGCACCUGCUUUCAGGCGUAAAAACCCUGUUGUAGAGGUCUCAGUCCUCAUUUGUUAGACUUACCUGUCUUUAUAAAUGUAACU